AUGCUUUCACGGAGCCUCAUAUCAUUGGUGACUCCUCGUGCCCUUCCUUGCCUUUCCACAGUACCCCCUCUGGCUCGGCUACCCCUGGGUCUCCAAUGCGGUCGCGUAUUCAUGAGCACCGAAGUUCCCAAGGCAGAAGAAGAGAGCAAAAAGAAGAAAGUUGAAUUGCCCAUUGACGUGUAUGACAAUAACAAAGAAUGGUGGGAGCAGAUAACCUCUCCGCACGACUUUAUGCCUAAGGUUGGCACUGCUGGAUUCACUCUUGGAUGUGCGAUGCUCAUCGCUAUGAUAAUGUACAAUGAAUGCGAAGAGUCGGAGGAAGAGGCUGAAAACGAGAGGCUGCGUCAGGCUCGCCUCGCGGCCAAGGACCAACGGCAAUCCUCCUCCUCCUCUUCCACAAAGCAGUAG